ACAUUUAAUUUAAUAUGAAAACACGGUAAGUGAGGGAGAGCAGGUCAGUCGAUCACAUCAUACACGUUCGUGUUUGUCACAACGGGUAUGCCGCUGACACAACGCAAUUUGUUUUUUAUCUUUUUUUGUUCUGUAGCCUUCUAGUAUUCCGGAGAUUCCGCGUUUUUUAUAUAAUAUACGCCGCGACCUUCAAUGUUUUUUCCCACUAAAAAACCACCACCUUCGUAACGGUACGGCGGCGCUUCUGUUUAGACCGGUCCCUGUGUGUGUGGCAGUGGUCCUGAAGAAUUCAUUCGCGCUCAAUUAGUCGGCCGUUUCGGUAAUAUCGUCGCAAGGUUUCUUUUGGGUCGAGUAUUGCCUUGUCGCCACAUUGUUCAAUUUGAGCUGCUCAACGGCUUGUUAUAUGUCACGGUGUUUUUUUGUUGCCUUCCCUGCAUCUGAUGUGUUCCAAUGUUCAUCAUCUUCAAACGGCAGUGGAACUAGUUCCAUGUUCAAACUGUCCAAAGGAACCGGCUAUAGCCUUUUGCAAUGUUUGUGGUAAUACGUUUUGUGAAAAAUGUCAGGAUAAUGAUGAGAAUCUUCAAAAGAGAUGGUGUAUAUGUCCUGAAAAACGUCAAAAUUCAACACCAAAUAUAGCUAAACAUGAAAUUUCUACAAUUGACAAUUUGUAUAAUUUUUUAUUUGGAGGAUUGUGAAGCGGGAUUAUUCUUGAUAAUGAAUCGAACGCUCACUUAAAUUAAUUUGUUUGAUAUUUUUUAAUUUGUUUGAUUAAUGUAAUAAAUAUUAAAUUUAAUAAGAAUAAAUAAAGUUUACAAAAUCGUGAGAGCUGAGUUAUAUAAUUUCU